UUAAGAGUUAAGAGCGUGGGCGGGAAAAGAGUCAAAAAAGGCAGUAGCCGUUAGAUGUAGCAAAAACGGAUGGACCAGAUUAGUUUGCUUAACAACGAAAGAUGGAAAGAGAGGGCAAAAAGGGUAAUAGUUAUUGGAAUGUAGGACCCACAAAGAGGUGAGGACUGAGGAAGAUGAUGUUAAAAAGGAAGAUGCUAUAGAAUAUUCGUAAGAGCCCGUCGUUUCUCCCAUUACCCUCCAAUUAAUACACUAGUAUUUUCCUUUUUUGUCUUUCCCUUUUUAAAAUGAUUAUCAUCGUCUUCACUCGCCUCAUUUGUUGUUCCCUUCUUCUUCUUCUAUAAUUCAACUGUGAAUUUCACCGUCGAAACAAGAGAUAGAGAAACGAUGAGUUCUCAGAUUUCGGAGAUCGAACAAGAGCAGCUUAUCGAGAAGCUUGAGAUCUUCAAGAUCCAUGGCAGAGACAAACGUGGCCGUAAGAUCCUUCGUAUUAUCGGCAAAUUCUUCCCAGCUCGAUUUCUGUCACUGGAUGUGUUAAAGAAGUAUCUAGAGGAGAAGAUCUUUCCUCGAUUAGGUAGAAAACCAUUCGCCGUACUUUACGUCCACACCGGUGUACAGAGGAGCGAGAAUUUCCCCGGAAUCUCAGCUCUUAGAGCGAUCUACGACGCGAUUCCUGUCAACGUCAGAGACAAUCUCCAGGAGGUUUACUUUCUGCAUCCAGGUCUUCAAUCACGUCUCUUCCUCGCCACUUGCGGCCGAUUUCUCUUCUCCGGCGGGUUGUACGGGAAGCUGAGGUACAUAAGCAGAGUUGAUUAUCUGUGGGAACAUGUGAGGAGGAACGAGAUAGAGAUGCCGGAGUUUGUGUACGAUCACGAUGAUGAUUUGGAGUAUCGUCCGAUGAUGGAUUACGGUCAAGAGAGCGACCACGCUAGGGUUUUCGCCGGAGCCACCGUGGAUUCAUCAGUCUCAAGUUUCUCCAUGAGGUGUAUCUCAUAGCGUAAAAGGCUAAAACUCCACCACCCACUACAGAAUGAUAUCGGAUCGUAUCUUAUAAACCAUAUAAUCAUAUAAUAUACGAUUAAUAAUAUAUGAAAAAGAUUGCAAAUACAGUAGGUGUGCUUUUUGAAACGUGAGCGUUUUUUAUGGAAAAAAAAAGAAAGCAGUUGGCGUUUGGAUAAGGGAAAGGAGGAGAAUCUUUAGAUUUUUUCUUAAAUAUUUUUUUUUGUCUUAAUUAGUUUUUUUAAUCAUAAGAUUUGUAGAUUUUUUUUUCUUUAGUGGUGGUGGACCUGGUGGUUGUGAGUUUAGUCUGGAAAAUGUAUAUGGGAAAUGUCAUAUGUGAAUAUAAUAAUAAGUCCUUUUGUAAGAUGA